GCGGCGGGCGGAGACCCCGGAAGGGCGGCCGCGGCGGAGGAUUUUUCCUAUUCUUAUCAACAUGGAAAACUCGGAUUCCAACAGCAAAGGAAGUGCCGAUCAAUCCGAGGCACAGCGUCAGAGUCAGCUGGACCGGCUAGAUCGGGAAGAAGCGUUCUAUCACUUUGUAAAUAAUCUAAGUGAAGAAGAUUACAGGCUAAUGAGGGAUAACAACCUGCUGGGUACCCCAGGUGAGAUUACUGAAGAAGAGUUGCUAAGAAGGUUGCAGCAAAUUAAAGAGGGUCCACCACAGCAAAACAAUGAAGACAGUAGAGCAGGUGCAGAAUCCACAGAAGAUGUGUCCAAUGGCGAUUCCAUAAUAGAUUGGCUUAAUUCAGUUCGACAGACUGGGAAUACAACACGCAGUGGGCAGAGAGGAAACCAGUCUUGGAGGGCAGUGAGCCGGACUAACCCAAACAGCGGGGAUUUCAGGUUCAGUUUGGAAAUAAACGUCAAUCGUAAUAAUGGAAACCCAAACCCAGAAACUGAGGUUGAGCCAUCUGUAGAACCAUCCAGUGGGGAGGAUGUGGAAAAUAACCAAAGUGACACUGAGACACCGAGAUCCGCAUCUCCUUCUGUUGUAAGGCAGUCUGGACCAGAAAUGAGUGCCCCUGAAGAGCCAAAUGAAGAAGCUUUUCCUCACAGGGGCCAGAGAAGAUCAAGAAGCAGAAGUCCAGAGCAGCGGAGGACACGAGCUAGGACUGAUAGAAGUCGGUCACCUCUUAAUCCAGUGAACGAUUCUCCUCGUAGGGUGCAUCAUAAUAACUCAUCUCAGAUGCCUGACGUCUCCCCAGCCAUUGAAGCUGAAGGAAGUUCUAGAACAAGACAGCACAUGGUGAUUAGACAACAUGCGGCCGCUGCGGAGGUGCCCAGUGAAAAUGCAGUGCUGCUUUCUGCCCCGGAACCAAGACCUGCUCCUCAGGCUAUGGGUUCUGCAGAAACAAAUGUUAGUGCAGAGGCUGCGGCCCCUGGACAGAGGCCUCCAACUAUUGUCCUUGACUUACAGGUGAGACGUGUCCGCCCAGGAGAAUACAGGCAGAGAGACAGUAUAGCUAACCGAACUCGAUCAAGGUCCCAGACCCCAAACAAUACCGUAACUUACGAAAGCGAGCGUGGAGGUUUUAGACGUACUUUUUCACGCUCGGAAAGGGCAGGAGUGAGAACUUAUGUCAGCACCAUUAGGAUUCCUAUUCGUAGAAUCUUGAACACGGGCCUGAGCGAGACAACGUCUGUGGCCAUUCAAACUAUGCUGAGACAGAUUAUGACUGGAUUUGGGGAGCUGAGUUACUUCAUGUACAGUGAUAGUGAUGCCGAUCCUGGUGGUCCAGCCCCCAAUCCAAACGUAGACAUGGCAGAGCCACCAAGUGGAAACAGUAGCUCAAGUAAUGAAGUACCUGAUCCUGCCUCAGGAGAGCCCUAUGAAAGUAGUAAUGAAGGGGGCUCCGUGGCUGGUGUGAGGCGGGAAGGACGGAAUGCGAGGGGAUCGGUGACUUUUGAAGAAAGCGGGUCUCUGCCAUUUCUUAGUCUGGCACAGUUUUUUCUGCUCAACGAAGAGGAUGAUGACCAACCAAGAGGCCUCACCAAAGAGCAAAUUGACAACCUAGCCAUGAGGAAUUUUGGUGAAAGCGAUGCCCUGAAAACCUGUAGUGUUUGCAUCACAGAGUACACAGAGGGGAACAAGCUAAGGAAACUUCCUUGUUCUCAUGAAUACCACGUGCACUGCAUUGAUCGUUGGCUGUCAGAAAACUCUACCUGCCCAAUUUGUCGUAGAGCAGUCUUGGCUUCCAGUAACCGAGAGAGUGUCGUCUGAGUAAGACGGGAACUUUUAGCUUAGUACCAGGUGAAGUACUGAUGGUCACAGAAGCCACUUCCUAUGGCCACUUUUUGUGUGGUGGUUAUAAGCGUAAAAGCAAAGAUGGUGCGAUCUUCUGUAAUUAAAUGGAAUAAAAAAAAGAGUAAUGGAACCUUUUUGAUUAGGGUCCCCCAAAUAAUACUGGGUUUGUGUUAAUUAAAAGAACUGCAUUUGCCCAAAGACACCUCCCUCUCUUGUUCCUUCCCGGUUUUUUCAGUGCAAACAAGGUUCACGUCCAUCUUUACCCCACUGUGUAGUGAACGUUGAAGACCUCACCACUCUGCUCUUCCCCGUGGAGAAUAUACCUGGAAUCAUUCAGCUGCAUAUAGCCCAUGCUUCAUUGUGGAUCUAAAACAAACAAAAACUCAGCUACCUUUUCAGAACACUGAAAUUUGCACCCCCUAAGCAUAAUUUUAGUUCGUUUAUUGUAUAGGGUAUUGAAUACGUCAGUGUAAAUAACACUAAUGUUAGCCCCUCUCCCACUGUACAGCUGUCUUAAGCCCAACACUAUGGUAUGCCAUAGAAUGAGCGGAUAGUUUAACGGGGAUAUUUAUCUUGCUGUGGAAAUAUAUUAAUUAAUUGCUUAUGCUUGUUUAAAUAAACUUUUGUUUUAAAAACUGUAAA